AUGGGUCCGCCGGGGAACUUCUUCAAUGGCUGGGCUGUUGACAAGGUUGGCCGGAUUCCGAUGAUGCUGAUUGGCCUGACUGGAUGCGUUGUGGCACUGAUCGGGGAGUGCCUCUCCGUGUCGGUCUUUCAGAAAAAUGGCUCCGAAGCAGCUGGCAAGGCCGCUGUGUUCUUCAUCUUCUUUUUCCUGCCUUUUUCCUCCGCACAUAUCGAUGCCACUACUUAUAUCUAUGCGGCAGAAAGCUUCCCAAAUCCAGUCUGA